GCCCAUGUCCGCACGCACCGCUUCGAUACCUUUGUGGUAUUUGUUCAAGCCACGUGCACGGGCGCUUUUGCCCGUGGGCGCUUGGGGCGAUGGCGCGGUCACGCUUCAUGCGGCCGACGCAGCAGGUGCCAGAUAACGGACCCAGCUCCAGAUUGGAUGUCGCGCCCGCUCCAGGACUGGAAGCUGCAACCACGCCCUCUCGCCGCGUGCUGCGCGGCUUCGUGCUGGCAGCGUUUUGGGCCAGGCUUCCUGUGGCCAGGGCAUGGGACAAGGACGGGCACGAGGCAAUCGGCAUGACUACCAUGAGUGCGCUGGAGCCUAAGGCCGUGGCGCACGUGAAGAGGCUCAUGCACGGGAAGGAUGCGGUCGACGUGGCAGGAUGGGCACUCAAGGUCAAUCAGAAGUUUCCGUGGACAGAAGAAUUGCACUUUCAGGCGCAACCUUUCAGAGAACCUGGCGCAAAGUGCAAAGGCGCUAACUUGACGGUCUGCCCUGACAACAGGUGUCUGCUCAGGGCCAUCAAGCAUUUUUACGGACGUUUGAUCAACAAGCCAGAGGUCGAGAUCGACUGGGGCGCUGGGGUGAAGUUGACUGACGCGGAUGCCGUCAAAUACCUGAUCAAUCUCAUCGGGGACUUGCACCAGCCGCUCCAUUUCGGCUGCCAGGCAGACAACAUGGGACGGAAUCUGAUGGUCAUGUUCCGCGGCAAGAAGACUAGCUUGUUCGAUUUCUGGGACAAGGAGAUCACACAGCACGUAAUCAAGGAGAGCCCCAACUUCUGGUGGGGCGGCUGGACGCACGUGCAGCGGACCCGAGUCGAGUACGAGAAGGACGGUGACGCCUUCAAGCAAGACGGCGUGGCUCUUUUCACCACGUGGGCCGACGAGGUUGCCCGGUACACCUGUGAGAACAUUUACAAGAUCCCGACCCAUGGCAGGCCCAUCAUGGACGAGGUGACCGGUGGAGUUUUCAAGGUGGACGAGGCCCUCUACGAGAUGUGGAAGCGCGAGAUGCUGAGCAAGAUGCUGGUGGCGGGCGCUCGCACGGCGAUCGUCCUGAACUCCAUCCUCCAACAGAAGGAGAUAGGCAGCCUGCACGGUGGCACGGCGGUCAGCAACCUCGAAGGCGAGGAGGACGAGGACACGAACGUCCACCAGG